GGAGUCGCGACUGCCUUCUCGGACUGUCUACUACCGCGAGAGAGAGAGAGAGAGAGAGAGAGAGAGAGAGAGAGAGAGAGAGAGAGAGAGAGAGAGAGAGAUCUUGCUGGAGGUCGGGCUAUGCAUCGUGAAGGUUGAAGACGCUGAGGAUUGGGCAGUUCAUUGCGUGGAGUCUUGAAGUCGACCGGACCACGAUGAAUGAAGGAUGGGAUUGUGGAGAAAGGCAAUGUUAGUGCAAUCCUAAACGUGCAGUGGGAUCUCUGCUUUGCGGCUCUUGAGGUGGAGAUUAUACCUAAUGUAAUUGGGGAGCGGUUGACUCCUUCAGUAGUUGCGUUUUUGGAUAGCGAAGAAGGGGGUCGAUAUAUCGGACAGGCGGCGAAGAAUCAAGCGGUGAAAAACUGCGGGAACACGGUGUUUGAGGUGAAGAGGCUGAUUGGACGGAAGUUUGAUGACGAGACGGUUCAGAAAGACAUACAAUUAUGGCCUUUCCCCAUCGUGAAAGGGCCACGUGGAGAGGCGAGGGUUCACAUCCGAACGCGAUCCGUGGAGAAGGAUUUCACACCGGAAGAGAUCUCGGCCAUGUUGUUGGCCGAGUUGAAGAGGCAAGCGGAAACCUAUUUGGACGCGGAGGUCACAGAGGCUGUCAUCACCGUGCCGGCGUACUUCAACGACGCACAGAGACAGGCCACGAAGGAUGCCGGGGAAAUUGCUGGGCUCAAGGUGCUGCGCAUCGCAAAUGAGCCUACGGCAGCUGCUCUGGGGUACACCGUUCAUCGCGAGCGAUUGAUUGCCUUCGACAGAGAGAGGACGAAGACGGUGAUGGUGUUCGAUCUCGGUGGCGGCACGCUCGAUGUCUCGAUCAUGGAGAUCGGACGCGGAAAGUCGACGGUGAUAGCAUUGACAGGCGACAGCCACUUGGGCGGCGUGGACUUCGAUAUUCGGCUGCAGGAGCAUGUGCUGAAGUCGGUGCCGGGAGUGGCAGGAGAGGGGACGGUGGCACAGAGGCGGCUGACGAGAUUGCGGGAGAAGUGUGUGACUGCCAAACACGCGCUUUCGACACGGCACUUUGCCGAAAUCGAAGUGCCGCCGGACAAUGAGGUGACCAUAAGCAGGGCACUGUUCGAGAACAUCUGUAGCGAUUUGUUCGAGAGGUGUAUGACUUUGGUCAAGGAAGCGCUCGAGCUGUCGAAGCUGGGUAAAGAACAAAUUUCGUCCGUGAUCUUGGUCGGCGGAUCCACGAGAAUGCCGAAGAUACCGGCGAUGCUGACUGACUUCUUCGACGGGAGAAAGCCGUUGUCAUCCAUUCAUGCGGACGAGGCCGUUGCGUACGGUGCAGCCGUGCAGGCAGCCAUUAUUGCGAAGCGGUGUACUGGAUCCGAUCUUCAAGACCUGGUCCUGGAGGAAGUCACGCCUUUGACUUUAGGUGUGAACACGUGGACAGGAGGAGGACCUGACACGUGGAAAAUGUCCGUCCUUAUUCCGAAGAACACCCCCAUCCCUGCAAACGGAGAAGACAUGCGGACUACCACUUGCGAUAACCAGACGACCAUGGAGUUUUGCGUCUAUGAAGGGGAGAGUCCUCUUUGCAAGGAUAAUCAUCUUCUCGGCAAGUUCACUCACGAGGGAUUCGAACCCGCGCCGAGAGGAGAGGCGAGAGCUCGUCUCGUGUUCUCCGUAGAUUCUGACGGUAUUCUUCACGCAACCUCGACCAACACUGUGUCGGGACGAAGGAGCUUCGCCACCUUCACAACAGACAAGGGUAGAUUGGCACGUGGCGAGAUCGAGCAGAUGAUUACCUUCGAGCGGAAGUUUGCGGCCGGCGACAGAGCUGCCCUUGAGAAGGAGGCGGCCAAGCACCGCCUGCGGCAGUAUCUUACAGAAAUGAAAGGGAAGAUGGAGAGCACGGGGUACCGGCUGCUCCAGAACGAUCGCAGCGUGAUUAAUCGGAAAGUAACUGCGAUUGAAGGAUGGCUAGCAGGGUCGACGAGUGGACAGACAUCGGCGAACGAGUUUGAAAACAAAAAGCGUGAGUUAGAGGAGGCGUGCGAAGCUCUUGAAGGGCUGGAUCUCCGGGAUAGGAGAAGGGGAAAAGUAGGCGAAAGGAGGGAGGAUGCGAAAGGAGGAAGAGGAGGCGGAGGCAGUGCUGAGGUUGCUGCGGCGGUUGGCGGGAACGCGCUUGGGGAUUUUGUUGAGGAGGGGAUGCCGGCGGGUGGCGGAGGAGGUUUCAAUGAGUUCAAUGACUUGGGUAUGCCCCAUGGAAAGAGCGAGUCUCGGGGGGACAUCAGUGUCGGCAUGCAGGCCGCAGAGAGGAUAGCACCGACCACGGGGGUGGAGGAUGACGUCGCGGGGGACGUUCAUGUUAUUGGGGUGGAGGCGCCAGUUCAGGCUGAUCCGAUGCACACGUUUGGGGGGCGAGAUGGUGCACACGUCGAUAGCAAGCUUAUACCCAGAGAGGAUGUGAGAGACGGGCAUGACGGAGACAGACAGGAGACACCACAUACUUUGGUGGUUCGCAUGGCUGUAGGGCUGGUGGUGCCACAUCAGGCACCGUUUCUGGUGGAUCCUGGGCGUCGUGCCAAUGGCGGUGGCCCGGUCGCGGAGCGACGAGUAGGCAAGGGCACGUGCGCACCUCCGUUCCCUACUUUUGCGCCGUCACGGGAGAGGCCGCAGAUUAGGUAUGUGGCCACGCCUCAUGGCAGCCUCCCAUUUGGAUGUAUGACUGCUGAGGAGUUGGAGGCGCACGGCGGGAUGGAUUUGACCGAGGCCAACAGGCGGUGCUUCAGGAGGCCUCCGCAGGCGGGGCGUCUGCCUCACGUGCAAGACUUGGCCCUAGCUUACCUUCAGGAGGUUCUGUCGUGGCACCCUCUCACAGCACAGCAGGGCCAUCCUCACUAGCGAGCGUAGUUGCGGAAGAGAGCGGCAGUCUCACCCCGA